GCCGCCGGGGCGUUCGGGGCCCUGCCGCUGCGGUCCUAGCGCCGGCCGAGCCUGCCAGGACACCGGGCUCGCGACCCUGAGAGGAGGCGGGGCCGGGCACGAGCCCCCUGGGUUGCGGUCCGGCCCGAUCCUGCGCCUCCCCGGCCGCUACCCGGCCCAGGGGCGGCGCUGCCCGCUUGCUUCCGGCCCAGCCGCCCGAUCCCGCGGGCCCGGGGAAAGUGCCGGGGCAGAGGGGCUCGGGAGCCGGGCCUGGUGUGCGGGACAGGGACCCCGCCAGCCUGGCGACGAGGGUGGCCGUAAGGUCACGUGGCGACGCAAGUUGGGAAGAUGAGCAAAUCCAUAACUCCUUCAACAUAUUUGCGCUCCAUUGGCUAUAAACUCAUGAUGCAACUGGCUGAUUUCAUUGAUCCCCAAGAAGGAUGGAAGAAGCUAGCAGUAGAUAUAAAAAAUCCUUCUGGUGAAAACAGAUACAAUCAAAUGCAUAUAAGGAGAUUUGAAGGGCUAAUGAAAAUGGGAAAGAGCCCCACUUGUGAAUUACUGUAUGACUGGGGAACAUCAAACUGUACAGUUGGUGAUCUUGUGGAAUUGUUGAUCAAGAAUCAGUUCCUAGCACCAGCUAGCCUUUUGCUUCCAGAUGCUGUUAGGGUGGCAAAUGAUUUUACAGUACCUUUUUCUUCACAAGAAACUAUGCCUAUACAUGAAAAACAAGUGCCUGUACAGGAAAAAAAAGUAAUAUCUAGAACGCCUCUUUUAGCUCAGAGUAAUGUGGGACAACUUUCAGCUCCUUCCUGCUUACCUCAAGAGAAUGACAAUCUGCAACUUAGUGACACAGGUUUCCACAGCUUUUGGUUCCAUGAAUUGAAAAAUGUUACGAACAACUUUGAUGAACGACCUAUAUCGGCUGGAGGUAAUAAACUGGGAGAAGGAGGCUUUGGAGUUGUGUACAAGGGCUACAUCCAUGGCAGAAUUGUGGCAGUGAAAAAACUUUCUGCUAUGGUUGAUGUAAGCAUUCAAGAUCUGAAAGAGCAGUUUGAUCAAGAAAUUAAAAUAAUGGCAAAGUGUCAACAUGAGAACUUAGUAGAACUUCUUGGUUUCUCAGGGGAUGGUGAUCAGCCUUGUCUGGUAUACGAAUACAUGCUCAAUGGUUCACUACUUGACAGACUGGCUUGUCUGGAUGACACUGCACCAAUUCCUUGGAGUACAAGGUGUAACAUUGCUCAAGGUACAGCAAAUGGCAUCAGCUUUUUACAUGAAAACAAUCAUAUUCACAGAGAUGUUAAAAGUGCAAAUAUCUUACUAAAUGAAUCAUUUAUGCCAAAAAUUUCUGACUUUGGACUUGCAAGGGCAUCUGUGAAAUUCACACAAACCAUCAUGACUGAUAGAAUUGUGGGAACAGCAGCCUACAUGGCACCUGAAGCUCUGCGUGGAGAGAUAACACCCAAAUCUGAUAUUUUCAGUUUUGGUGUGGUUUUACUGGAAAUAAUAACGGGGCUUUCACCAAUAGAUGAAAACCGUGAGCCACAAUUACUGUUAAGUAUCAAAGACGAAAUUGAAGAUGAGGAAAAGACAAUUGAAGAUUAUGUUGAUGAAAAAAUGAGUGAUUGGGAUGCCAUUUCCAUUGAAAAAAUGUAUUCAGUUGCUAGUCAGUGUCUGAGUGAAAAAAAGAACAGGAGACCAGACAUUAAGAUGGUCCAGCAGCAUCUACAAGAGAUAAGGGCCUGAUACCUGUUUCUGACCAGUUCCGUGCCAUGCCAGCAUUCCAGGCUUUUGUGGCAUAUAUGUACAAUCUUUUGUUGGCGUUUCCUCACUGUACCUUCUUCCCUUGACAACUCAGGCAAGGAACUUUCUCCAAGACUUUAUGCAUUAGUCAUUUGGAGAUGAUGUCUGAUUAAAACAAUGGGUAUCUUAGCCCCUGUAAGUCAGAAUGUCUCACUUCCAGAAGACUUUCCUUGGUUGCCUUAGAGAGCAAGAAUGCUGAGAUUCUUAUGGCAACAUAUUGUGCUUCUGCCACACCAUCUCCACUUUGUUUUCUUAAUAUAGUUCCUGACUAGAAUCCAGGCUUCUGCAGCAAUCUGGGUAACAUAGAGCUGUUACAAAGAGACAAUGGUAAAUAAAUUGAUGCCUGGUAAACUGUUUCUAAGCAGGAAGACUAGCCCUUUUCAGUUUCUACUGUAAGCAAAAACUUCAACCCCUCAACAGAAGCAUUAAAAGUCUCUCUGGGGACUGCUAGAGAACACCUUCCUAAGAAAUAUUUUCUUUCCCAUAUCCCCUGGAGCUUGUGUGCACCUGUACUACCCUCUAAAAUAUGAAAUAACAUCUCAAGCAUUUUUGCUUUAGUGGGUAGAGAAAGACAGACAAUAUCCCUUCUUGCCAACAAUGCAGUAGAAUAAUUUGAUUUAUCUGUCAAAUGUGCAUUUGUAGUCAGCUGUUCUAUAGCAUUAAUGGAUCACUCAUUUGUACGGGGGCAGCCAAGGAUUUUUACAGGUUUCUGGCACAAGAUUUUUUUUUCCAGCCCUGUUGUGCUGCUUAGUGCUCACCUGCAGCUCUAUUUUCUAUCCAUACUGCAAUUAUAACAGUAUGUUCUUUCACUCCAUUAUUGCAAAUGAUGGGUGAUUUCUACUGUUCCAUUUCAUCAGCUGAGUGGAGUCUGUAUCUCCUCAGUACACAUGGCUGAGUUCUUAUUGUCCAAUGCAAAAUAUUCCUUAUAAGUUAAAGUACUUUCUUUCUUUCAAAAGAAAGUACUAGGCUGUUUCUUUGUAAUGAAACAGAUGUAAACAUAACUAGAGGGUCUUUAGCAGAGCGUUAGAACCACUGGGUGGGAACUGAUGACAGUCAAAUUAGGCACAGUUGUAUGGUUUUGUUUUUUAACAGCAUAAGUAGCCAUUGGGACAAACUACCAUUGGAAAAUAGUGGAGUCUCCAUCUCUUGUCUUCAAAUCCAUUCCAUUCUGAAUAGUACACUUUAAGCAACCCACUUUUGAACAUUUGGCUAUGAACAUUCUGGGCUUGGUACUACUUCCUACUCUCUGCCAGAGGAGCAAUAGGCAAGGCCCCCUUCUCCUUUGGGGCAGUGGGAAUGCUGUUGUGUGUGUCACAUGCCGAUGUGGUUCAAGACAUGAGUAUAAUCUACCAUGGUUUUCUAUCUACAGAGACGAAGUGUGCUGAAAAUGGAAUAGACUGGUUAAAAAUUAGAUGUGAUUAAAAGGAUUUAAGUAUACUUACUGUUAAUAAUGACAAUGGCCUGGACCACUUAGGCCAGAAGAUGAUCCCAACUAAAACACCUAAAUGGUUUUAUUGAAUUUAGCAAAUGAAAAGGGUUUGACUCCAUAACUUUUUUCUAGACUAAUGCAAAUUAAUUGGACAGAAACUUAAUACCCACUCAGAAUUACUUGUUGCCAUUUUCAGUCACUAUUUUACUCUUUUGUAGUUCAACCAUAGAUAUUCCUAUGAGCCUGUCUAUAGAUUUAAACCAUCAAACUGGGAAUAUAGUUUUUACCUACAUACAUUUAUGCUUUUUUUUAAACAGGAAAAAAUAUUUUCAUAUAUUUUUUCCAAAUUAACUCAACUCUUCAUUUUAAAAAAUGGACUUCAACUUAGUCUAUAAAAGUCAUGCAAUACAGUUAAUAGCAGUGGGUUAUGUCAAAACAAAAUCAAGUAAUCUUAAUUCUGUAAACUAAUUAUGGAAUUAGAAUCAACUCAACAUUCAAGGGACAGAUUGCUCCAUCAAUGUUACUGAAGUAUGUACAUGCAGAGAGGGGAAUAAAGACUUCAAAAUAAAUUUUAAA